AUGCCACGGGAAUACAUUGCGCGGCUCAUUUAUGACCGGCGUCAUGAAAGCAUCAUCCUCCUAUCAACUCCAGAGAAGCUACUGCGGCCAUCAUCGGAAAAGCCUUGUGAAGACAACAUGUUAGAUGCCUCUACAUCUCUUUCCGUCGACUAUGUGAUGGUCCGCGAAGAGAUUCCUCCACACGCGCUCAUGAACCUAAGUGUACUUGGCGGUAUUACGCUACGGCGUUUCGGGCCUGACCGCCCGUUUCUAGAGAUCGUUUUUUGUGCCAUUUCAUCUGCCGAGCAGGUGCGUGGCUACGGUGCAUUCCUUAUGAGCGUCCUGAAAAGCUGGGUGCGCACCACCUACCCUUGCAUCACAUUUAUGUUGACAUAUGCCGACAACUACGCCGUCGGGUAUUUUAAAAAACAGGGCUUUUCACGUCAAAUAACGCUGGAUAGAACCGUGUGGGGUGGGCUCAUCAAAGACUAUGAUGGUGGCACGUUGAUGGAAUGCCGCCUGAUCCCAGAAAUUGUAGAUUACCUCUCCAUGCGACGGCUUAUUGGGUGCCAGCGCGAGGCACUUAUGAACGCCAUUCAACGAAAAGCGUCUGAACCGUUUGUUCGACAUGCGGGGCUUGCCACUUUUCCGGUGGCAGACCCGUCUUCUAUUGCAGGACUUUCCGGGAGGCCGUGGCAAUCUUCGUGUGAAGAUGGACAACACCCGCUGAAAAGGCCCCUUUCUGUCAAGGAUGCACUUGCAUCAUUGCUGGUUGAUCUUCAGGUAUUUUGUUUUCUGAUUCUAGACGCAUCACUCAGCAUGGCCGUUCCUUGA